AUGCUGGCAAAUCCUAGCACCGGCACCCUCCAUGGGAGCAUUUCUCGUCCCCGAAGCUAUCCGUUUCGGGUUUCCAGUAGCCGCUUCGACUUUCCAACUUGCUCUCGUUGCUUUGGUCCCAGAAAAUCAAGGUCCCGCUCCUUAUCCCUGCUUGUACCAAGGAAAGCUGCAGAAAGCUUCUCCCGCGUUAGAGCUUCCAUUGAAGACCACCAAUUCCCCGAGUCGGUUGCUGUAGAUGGAGCGCAGUUCUUCCCUCAAUACGUUUCUGUUAAAAUCCCCUACGGAGACAGAGAGAUAUUGGUUGAAACAGGUCAUAUGGGAAGACAGGCUAGUGGUGCUGUUAUGGUGACUGAUGGAGAAACUGUUGUCUAUACAUCUGUUUGUUUGAAUGAUGUUCCAAGCGAACCUUCAGACUUUUUCCCUCUUUCUGUACAUUAUCAAGAGCGUUUUUCAGCUGCAGGUCGAACAAGUGGAGGGUUUUUUAAACGAGAGGGAAGAGCAAAAGAUCAUGAGGUUUUGAGCUAUGAUAGUUUGCACCCACCUGAUGUAUUGGCCGUCACAGCUGCUGGGAUAGCAGUAUCUCUGUCGGAAGUUCCAAAUACAAAGCCCAUUGCAGGAGUUCGAGUUGGUCUCGUUGACAAUAAAUUUAUUGUGAACCCCACAAACAAAGAGAUGGAGAAGUCAGUGCUAGACUUAGUGCUGGCUGGUACAGAUAGCGCUAUACUGAUGAUUGAGCAAGUAACUUUCUGCCACAGAUCAGGGUUCCGACCAAAGAGAUCGCUAGAAGUUAUCUUAUUCACAUCAGAAGAACCAACAAGAUUUGGGAUCAGCUGCUUAGGAAGCCGACUAUUGGCUGGGAGUGAGGUACUUGCUGAAGCUUUGAAGAAAACCACAGUUGAUGGUCAAAACAUAUCAUUUGUGGAUGCUGCUAGACUAGCUGGUUAUAUGAAGGACGAAGAUGACUUAUCCAGUGUUUUCCUAAAUAGUGGAAGCUAUUCUGCGUUCCUGGAACUACAUAUAGAGCAGGGUCCAAUUCUCGAGGCAGAAGGCUUGUCCAUCGGUAUAGUAACUGCAAUUGCAGCUCCUGCAAGCAUCAAGGUUGAUUUUAAAGGCAAUGGAGGCCAUGCUGGUGCUGUCUUGAUGCCUAAUAGAAAUGAUGCUGGGCUUGCAGCUGCUGAGUUGGCACUAGCUGUUGAGAAACAUGCUUUAGAUUCUGGUUCAAUUGAUACUGUUGGUACAGUAGGUAUACUGGAGCUUCAUCCUGGAGCAAUCAACAGCAUCCCAAGCAAGUCACACCUGGAAAUCGAUACCCGGGACAUUGAUGAGAAACGAAGAAAUGAAGUGAUAGAGAAAAUCCAUCAGUCUGCUGUCGCAAUAGCCAAAAAGCGUAGCGUGUCACUUGCUUACCACGAUUCCCUAUUUAUGGCCAGGAUAUCUCCAAUGGGCAUGCUCUUCAUUCCAUGCUACAAAGGAUACAGCCACAAACCUGAAGAAUAUUCUUCUAGUCAAGAUAUAGCCAACGGUGUCAAAGUACUUGCCCUUACUCUUGCCAAGCUGUCACUAUAUUGA